AACAGUUCUCUGUGCGCUCCCAUUCAUUUCCUGAGAACUGCCUAAGCUGAGCAGCUGAGAGGCAGAAGGGGAGGGUGCUGAUCACUCACACACUCACACACACACACACUCACACACACUCACACACAUACAUACAGUACAUACACGCACAGUGAGAGGAGAGAAGAGGGAGAGGAGGCGAGGAGACAGAGAGGGAAACACUGUCCUAUAGUCUCCACGGCUCUGCAGCUUCUGACAAGGCAGCCUCAGAAACAGGAUGUUAAUGCUUGACGGAAUGCCUGCAGUCCGAGUCAAAGCUGAGCCCCUGGAAUCGGAACAAGGGUCACCUAAAGUGCGCCCUUAUUCUGCGAUGGACGGCGUCCCUUUCUUCCUCAGCAGAGUUAAACAGGAAGCUCCCGAUGACCUGCUCGCUCACAACCUGCACUUCCACACGCAGACCGAGCCUGUUGACCUGUCAAUCAACAAAUCCCGGCCCACCUCCUCAUCCACCACCCCCACCACUACAAACUUAUCAUCAUCCCCUCUCAGAUCCGCCUUCUCCCCGUCGUCUUUAUCGUCGUCAUCGUCCUCCUCCUCUUCCUCCUCUCCAUCAGUUAUCACCUCAGCCUCAUCGGUGCUCACACCAGGCCCUCUUGUUGCCCCUGGCGCCGGGGUGAGAGGUCAGCCAUAUUUGCACAUCCUGCACUCUGUGCCGCCGCCUCCAUCCAGCCCUCUGAGCCUGCAGGGAGCCGGGAAGCUGGGCAGCCAUGUUCACCGCAUUCCGGUCGUGGUACAGUCGCUGCCCCUCAUGUACACCACUGCGGUUCGAUCACCCUCAAGCCUCAACAAUGCCAUCGUGCUACCUCUGCUGGACGAGUACAAGAGCCAGGGCAAAGCACACACAGACCCCAAUGGCCUGUCGCCAAGGCAGAUCAAAAGUGACAGUGAUGACGACGACCUGCCAAACGUGACCUUGGACAGUGUUAAUGAGACCGGCUCCACUGCGCUGUCUAUAGCCCGCGCUGUACAAGAUUCCAUGUCCCCGUUCAGUAUUGACAGUAUACGGCGCCCCCGGAGGUCAGAGUCACCAGAUUCCAAAAAGAGAAGAAUCCACAGAUGUGACUUUGAGGGCUGCAAUAAGGUGUACACCAAAAGCUCCCAUUUAAAAGCACACAGAAGGACGCAUACAGGGGAAAAGCCAUACAAAUGCACUUGGGACGGCUGCACGUGGAAGUUUGCCCGCUCUGACGAGCUGACGAGGCAUUACAGAAAACACACGGGGGUCAAGCCUUUCAAGUGCGCAGACUGUGACCGCAGCUUCUCCAGAUCUGACCACUUGGCUCUGCACCGGCGGAGACAUAUGCUGGUGUGAAACGGACGGAGAGCGAUAAAGAGAAGGAGCAGGAGGCAGAGAUGAGAGAUCAAUGGGGGGCACACACAUGCAUACAUGCACGCACAUAUACCACAAUAGCAGCCAGGGGAGCGGGAUCUCCCUGUGAAUGUUUUUCAGCUGGCCUGGAUGCACACACUCACACUCAAACGCACACACACACGCACACACAGACACACACACACACACAAACAUACUCUUAUCAGUCUGAAGGAGAGGAGACAUGGAGGAGCACAGAGCUUGUGGAGCGCAAAACAGGGUCACUUCUGGAUCCUCUCUGGGUUGGAAGGAAUAGACGGCAGGAUCUUUUAUUGUCAUUGGAAUAUAAUAGGGAACUGUCUUUUACAGUACUGUUCACAAAUGUUUCAUUUUGAUUUUUGAAAUGAACUCGCACUCUUCAUUUGGACAAAAAAAAGGUAUAAAAAUGCAAUCGCAACUGUUUCCUCUUUUUUUUUAUUUUUGCCAUUUUUUCUUUUCAAUAUUAUCCAUAUUGCUGCUUUUCUCAGCAUUCAUAAUGUGAAAGACCCCUAUUGAAUGGAAUGGAUUUACUGUGUGAGCAGAACUGUUAGGCCUGGACUGGAUUACAGCAAAGGAUGUGGGCUUCAUUUGGAGUUACAGGCAGUAUUUUGUCAAGCCUCCCUCCAAGUCUAAUUUAUGACCAGCAGAGGGCGCCAUUUAAUCACGGAUGAUUUGCCAGCUGGAGUCUGCUGCUCUGUCAGAGGCGUCCCACAGAAAAAGCUACAAACUCUGGACUUUCAGUGUUCCCAUUGCCAGCAAACCAUAAAAAAAACACCACCUCUCCGGAUCAACCUCAUCAGCACCUCCACUGUUUCUGAAACUCAUUGCUUUAUUCCAGUCAGUGGAAAAAUGACAUUGCAUUUCAUCCCACCAGCAAAAAAAAACCCCCACAUCAUUUCUGAUUUACAGGGUCAGAUUACCCAGAUAACACCAGUGCUAUUCUUUACAUUGAGCCUCUUAAAGUCUUUUGGUUGAUUUUGUGCUGUGAUUAGCAAUCAGUAAAAGUGCAAUCUUGAAGGAUUUCAGUAUCACAACAUUGUUGUUUUUUGAUUAAAUCUUGCUGAUGACUGCUUAUGUCUGAAAAAUACAACCCCUCAUGUACAGUUCACUUUGAAACAAUCAGAGGAGAUUUUCCAGUAUGUGAAGAGACACAUAAUAGAGGCACCUUACAGUCUCACGCUUUCCUUCUGUUUUUAAUAUUUAGCUCUGGUUUUCUCGACUGGGCUCCACAGUGAAAGGAAUUUGUGUUGGUGGUUUUUGCACAGCAGCACUUGACCAUAAGCUGACAUUGACACCAGCUACAGUGUUACACAGAUCGCGUGGUACCUGAUGUACAAUACAGAAGAGCAAUACAUUCUGAACAAAGCGAUAGGACGGAGUGUCAACCUCCUAUUCGAUCUGUUUGCUAAUGUCAGUAUCCAAGGAGAAGUUUCUAGAUGGGUCAGCCCCUCGUUCUGUAUCAUGACACCCCCGUGUUACCGAUUGGUUUGUAGCUCCAGCACAAGACUCUAAUCUUACGUGUCUUAGUUAAUGAGUUCCUUUAUUUCCUCUUAUUAUAUUUUGUUUGUCUCAAACAAACUUGAAGAGUUAUCACCUCAUAUGUUAUUAUCUUAUUUGCCUGCGAUUUGGCUGUGGUUGUUGUAAAAUGCUGAAAGAAAAAGGAAAAAAGAAGUAAGAAUCACACAUGCAUUCACCUACACACACACACACAGAAAUAUUACACAUACAUGUACCAUAUGAUGCAUGUGCAGUAGGGCUUCACUUUUAAUGCAGUUACUGGCAAAUAUAUCCACGGAGAACAUCACUUAACCUUUAUCAGGUAGCCUAAUUUUUAUUGUUUUAAUGCUCAUAAUAGGAGACAUUUGUGCAGGUGUUUCCAAUGUUGUUACGCUGAGGAAGAGCCGCAGACAUAAACUUGAGAUAUCAAGCCAGCUCAUAUUAUUUCAUAGUGCUGCUAAAUGUAUUUAUUGGACCGAAGCCAGUAAAAGGAAGUGGUAACUUUUCUGAUAUUGCACCUUGAAAACCGUGCACUUACAUAACACGUCUCACACACACACACACAGGUUUGCACAGCAAUUCUUCUUAGGACACUGCAUUGACUUCCAUUCCUUUGGACAGCCUAAACAAAAUGUUGUCCCUAACCUUAACCACAACCAGUUAAUGCCCAUCCCUAACCUUAACUUAACUACAAUUAAUAUCUUAGCCCUAAACUUGCGAGGCUCUGCUUCGUUAGGACCAGUUUUUGGUCACCAUGGCGACGACUGGUCCUGACAAGGUCAGCGUUUAUGCCAGGGAAGGUCCUAAACAGGUAACACAUACAAGUAUACACACAUUACACACAAAUACACACAUGCAUUGGACGUCCUGAACUUCAGUAAAGUAGCCAAAUCCAGGAGGUCAUUUCCACACAUUCACCCAAUGUAUGUGACUCCCCCGUGAUGUAAUGGAGAAUGAAAGUGUAUCUUGUCAUUAUUUAUGCAUAUUGUUUGUGCACAGCGUCAUUAUGCCCAGUUGUAUUAACAUUUUGGCAAAAAAAAAAAAAAAAAGCAUAUCAGCACCUUGUUUGUUUCGUAUGAUUUUCAAAUGAUUUUAUUUCAGAUGUCGAUUUAUAAACAAAGUAAUCAUCUUCAUAUUAUAUAUAUAUAUCAUCCAUAUAAUGUAUGAGAUCUGUUGAUGACUGAGGGGCACUUCAUCAUUGCAUAUAACUCUUUUUCUUCUGUAAAAAGGAUCUUUUGAAAUGUUGUAAUAUAUGUGAUAGUGAAGACGGAAAAUUAUUGAUUACAAAGUUCUACAUCCUGUAUAUACAUUGGAAAAAUAGGGCUUUUGAUUAGUAGAUGCAGGAAAUACAUUUAUACAUGUAAAGUCUUUUUCCAGAGACUGUAAUUUAUCUAAUUUGGUAUACAGUGAAAUGGGGCUAAUGGAAUUCAUCAUGUAAAUGAUCAUAUGUGGUGUUAUAUAACUUUUUUUUUGUCUUGUUUUGCGGUUAAAAAGUUCAUGAUCAAAUAAUUUUAUUCCCAAGGCUGAAUCAGUGUUUGCUAUAAUCAACAAAUUAUUUAUAUACAAUGACCGUAUUAAGGUACUCGAUUCCCUGUGUUCUUAUUUUGCCAUACCUUUGACAAAAAAAAUCUUUAUUGAUCAAGCACAUAUCAACAACACAUGUACUCUACUAAACAGUAUAUGACGUUGCAUGCCUUAAUACACCCGUUUUUAAACAAAUUCAAUUAGACUUGAAGUCAGUGUCUCCACAGGACAGGGUGAAUUGUAUUUCCCUUCAGCCUCUCUUUCCUCAUUUUAAAGCAUAAUUUUGUAACGGUAACCAGGGUCAAAGUUAUGCAAUAAUAAAGAAUAGUGCCUCAUAUCACAAACGUGUAAUAUCGACUGCUCUGUGCAGGGUUUCGAUUUCCAUUAUGUGUGCUCAAAUUAAUACAUUUCAAGGGAGAAAUCCCGAAUUCUUGGAGAGAGGUGGCGGGGGAAAAAAAAGCACAGACAACGUUAUGCAAGUCGGACCUCUAACGUUUAACUUUGUUUUCGCACUGAGCCUUACACCGUUGUGUCAAAUGCAGCAUCCUCCCAUAACACAUUCACAGGCUGUUUAUAGCUCGCAUUAUCACUUUGCUUGCAAUAAGUCCUUUCCUCUACGGGAACAAAACUGAGUGACAAAGGCCUCUUGAUGUUUCAGCUUCAGCACAUUCAUGCAACAGAGCGAUUCCAUUAAAAGAUAAUGAGGGAUCGUACUCGCAGGACAAAAUCCUGUGGCUGCGAUUCCAGCUGUAGAGUGAUGCCUUUGUUUAUGAAUAAUGAUCUUACACUUUCUAUCAGUUCAAUAUCUAUUUUUACUUUCUGUGUAACAUCUGCUUUUGAUUUCCUGGUUUUAAAAUUUCUAAGUAGUGAAGCCAAUGCCUAUGUUUCAAGUUUGCGGAUAUUACGUACAGUAAUCGUUGUUCCUGUAUUUAUGUAAAGUGAGUGUAGUGUAUAUAUAUUCAGAUCUUUUUUUUCAUUCUUACUGUUUAAAAGAAUUGUGAUAUUGCUCAGCAUCGCUUCAAAAGGGAGAUCUUGCUCAUGGAAUUCCACAACUGUAAAAGAAAUUUUUACUCCUGAUAUUUUUCAAAACUUCAAGAACAGGUUGUCCUCUUUUUUUUUUCUUUUUUUUCGGUUAUGCUUUUCUUUUCUGUAAGAGUUGUUUAAGUAUCCAGUCAGUGUUUUUGCCUUUUUCUCUGUAUUUUUCAUAUGGAUGGAGCUGUGAAAUUAAAAAUAAGUUCAAACAUAUACAUGUAUAUUAAUAUGAAUGGAGGCAUGAAGGUUAAUAAAGUUGCAUUUUGUAUGUA